AUUUAUAUACCUUUUAUAUAUAUAAAAAUAAAUAUAUAUUGUAUAUAAUUAUACCUUAUUAUUUUUAUAUUAUAUAUCUCCAGUCCUUUUACUCAAUGGGAAAUGCUUUAUCUCUCACUGCUAAUGUUCAAGACUUUACUACCAAAAAGUCUGAUUCAUAUCCUUCUACCAUGACAGUUUAUAGCAAAACUCCCAGUGUAUCAUCCUCCUUGAAAAAAUCCAAGAGUCGUUGGAGAUCACAAGUUGGUGAUGUAUCUUCAUCUUCAACAAGAACCACCAUGACAACAACUAUUUUGGAUAUUGGAAAACCUACUCAAUUCGAACAUGGCAUUCAUGUUGAAUUCAAUAGACUUACUGGCAAAUUUAUGGGGUUACCUGAUGUUUGGCAAUCCAAUCUACCUAGUGACGAUGUACUUGAUACGAAUUAUAUUAACCCUAACCUUGUACCAGCACUUCCUGGUAUCAGCAAACCUUACAAUAUACAACAUAAUAUUCAUGUUCAAAUGGAUAAUUUUGGAUUGGUUGGUUUACCUAUAGAAUGGCAAAAGAUAUUGUAUUCGUCUGGUUUUAUGCAAUCAUCUGCUGUUAAUAGUACAUCAUCCGCUCCUGUUGACGACUCAUUGCAUACACAUCAACGACAACAGCAAUCAAUACAUGUAUCAACAAAUUCCAAUUCAUUCACUACUCUUUCAAUCGAUGAUACUCUUUUACAGCAACUACAACAUCGUCCUUUGCCUACUAUUGAAGAUGAUAAUGAUGAUUCCUACGAUGAUGAUGAUGACGAUCAUACAACUUCCAACGAUAUAUCUCCCAUCUCUCAUGAAACUCGUGAUACUUCAAUAGUAGAUUUUCAUAUGCCGUCUUCAUCAUUGUCCACUUCUUCGCUGUCAUUGGGAUCUCAGUUCAUUGACGAAAUUAUAGAAGCCAUGCCUCCAACUACACUAUACUCAGACCUAAUUCUUAUUGCUAAUGGUGAUUCUGGACCUAUGUAUGCGGCAAAACAUGCUCUUUCAAAUCGAAUGGUGGCUAUCAAGAAAAUUCCGUUGACAGCCAAGGAAAAACUUACUAAACUGGAUCAAGAACUACUUUUGAUGAAAAUGAGUCGGCACCCCAAUAUUGUAGAAUUGAUAGCAAAGUAUACUGUGGAAGAUGAAAUUUGGGUAGUGACUGAAUACAUGGAUAUUUCUUUGGCUGAUAUUAUUAUGACUCAAUCCUCCAAUUCUUCCUUCAUCGCUGAAGUGCAAAUGGCAAGAAUCGCUAGAGAAAUUGUACGUGCAUUGACUCAUCUUCAUCGAUUACGCCGGAUUCACAGGGAUAUACGCAGUGACAAUGUCUUGCUCAAUCAUCGAGGUGAUAUCAAACUAGUGGACUUUAGUCAAUGCGCUCAAUUGACAAAUCAUCAAGAGAAACGUCGUUCAGUGGUUGGUACUCCCUAUUGGAUGGCUCCUGAAGUCAUCAAAGGUCAAGAAUAUGAUACAAAGGCGGACAUAUGGAGUCUAGGCGUGAUGAUGAUGGAAAUGAUUCAGGGUAACCCACCUUAUAUUGAUCAUCCCCCUUUACGAGCUGUCUUUUUGAUAGCUGCGAAUGGUAUUCCAAAACUCGAUCAUCCUGAACAAUGGUCUCAUGCCUUGAAAGAUUUUAUCGAAAAAUGCACUCUUAUGGAUCCUGAUGCUCGUCCUGAUGCUGAACAGUUACUCAAACAUCCUUUUUUAACCAUGGCAGCCACUUCUGAAAGUACGAUGGAACUCGUCAAUCAAGUCAAAACAUGGAAUGAAAGAGUGGAAGUCCGAUUGGAACAAGACGUGGAAAGUCUAGAUGUAAUCAGUGUCACACAUACAUGAUCCCUUUAUCAUAUUUUUUUUUAUUAUUAUUAUUAUUUAUUAUUAUUUAUUAUUUAUGCAUCAUUUGUACAUCUUUUUUCUUUUUGUUGAUCCCCACACAUAUUCAUUUCUAUAUAUACACAUCUAUUUACAUAGUAGUUUUCUAAGUACCCAUUUUCCGUUAUUCCCCUACCUUUUUUUUUUCUUGAUACCCCUUUUGAUAUUCCUAGUUUGACUUUUCUGUUUGUUUCUCCAAAAACGACUGACCAAUAAACAUAAAAAAAAG